AUGCAGAAGAUUCCUUACGCUUCGGCUGUGGGGAGUCUAAUGUAUGCUCAGGUAUGUACACGUCCGGAUAUUGCGUACAUUGUUGGCAUGUUAGGCAGAUAUCUAAGUAACCCUGGAAUGGAUCAUUGGAGAGCAGCCAAGAGGGUUAUGAGAUAUUUACAGAGAACAAAAGAGUACAUGCUUACAUAUAGGAGAUUGGAUCAGUUAGAGUUCAUUGGGUAUUCCGACUCUGACUUUGCUGGAUGCCAAGACAGCAGAAGAUCCACAUCAGGCUAUAUUUAUCUGUUGGCUGGUGGAGCAAUUUCAUGGAGGUCUGCCAAACAGACACUCGUAACUUCAUCCACCAUGGAAGCAGAGUUUGUAGCAUGUUAUGAGGCAUCCAAUCAAGGAAUAUGGCUACGAAAUUUUGUCACUGGGCUGCGUGUUCUGGAUGGAACAACCAUCUUUGAUUUGCCUUUAUCCAGUGAAGAUCUUGUGACAUCCCUUUGGUUUGGAUAUCCAGAAAUGGGAAGUUUAGAGAGGAAGAAUCUCGGAGGAAAUUCGAGACCAACGUCUUCGUCAUUUCCAUCAUUAACCACCAUGAACUCUUCCUCAAUUUCCAUUGAUUUUUGUUUUUGA